UGAGUUUUUAAAUUCUCGUCUCAUUCGACUCGUAUUAGAUUUAUCGCUUGCCCUUUUGGUUCUGUCUUUUCUUUUUUUUUUUUUUUUUUUAACUAAUUUCGCUGUUUUCUCUAAUUUUUUAUUUAACGAUGUUGGCAUUGUAGUAGGAAUUCUGAACGACAUGCAAUCACGAUGCAUAACCUCGCUUUUUAUCAACCUUUUGGAUAAGAGUCCAAGAAGCCUCUGGAAGAUCGAACGGUGUCAAUUUCACGCAACUGCAACAACGUAUCGAAAGAAAAAUAGAAAGGGUAAAGGAGAUGACGGGCCAAAAAUAGUAAAACCGAUCUGCGAGAAAUUACCUAAACCAAUUCUGCAGCCAUCGUGUAAGAACGCUAUAGUGAUCGGUGGGUCUGAAGGUUUUGGUUUUGCAGCGGCUGAUCAUCUCUUGUGUAAAGGAGCGCGCAUCGUCGUAGUAGCUGACGAUGAUCCUAUUGAAGGAAAAAUUGCAGUAAAAAAGUUAUGCGAUUCUUACGGAAAAAACCGCGCUCUCUUUGUUCAUUAUGACAUUAAAAGUGAUUGUCACGUUCAAGCUGGUUUGACAAACGCUCUCUGCAAGCUUGAAGUGAUUCACAUUCUUUUCAACAAUCUGGAUAAAGAACGACUACCAUCAAAGUGUCCAACGUCGACGUCGGAACAAAACACUGCAACUAAAACGAUUCAAAUAGGAUUGAAGCUUUUAGGAAAGGAUCGAGCUGGCUCUAACGGGGUAAUAAUAAAUUGCGCGAGUAUUUUUGGUUUCAUGGGAUGGCCUGAAGAUCCCUUUCCGGUUUAUUGCAAGAAAGAACCAGCUAUAGAAGUGACGAGAGAUUUCGCGAAAAAUUAUAAGGGAGAAGAAAAGGAUGUUCGUGUUGUAGCCCUUUGUCCAACGACCAAAUGUUUCUCCAAUAUUGGAUUACCAGAUUUCCCAGAACCUAUUCCAAAUAAAAUAAUGAACGAAAUGCCAAUUUGUAUACCGCAUUCCAAGUAUCACAUAGGUACUGCUUUGAGCUACAUACUAGCGUGGGCAAAGAACGGAAGUGCAUGGCUUGUAGAACCAGCGAUCAGUGUCCAUCAAAUUCCUCGAUUAAUUCAUUUUCCGGAGAAAGAAGGUGGACGAGUCGACCCUAAAGUCUAUGAGGCACAAGCUUGUCCAGUGAAAAUAGAACCACCGUGCGUCGAACCUAAGGUGUGUGUAGCCAGGAAAAAAGAAAUGUGCGCAAAAAAGAAAUGGAAAGAUGACGAUAAAAAAUGACCUCUUCCAACAACGUAAGUAAUUUUAACAAUUGAAAGUAAUAUAUUUACAUAAUUAAGUUAAAAAUAUUCCUUCGAUUGUUUGACAAAUUUCAGAAAUCUAGAGAUAUUUAAAUUCUUCCUUCCACAUUUCUCUGAUUCUUUAUCUUACCGUAUCUUUUUAUUAUGAUCAAGUGCGGGUUUCAAAAUCGUACAACAGGCGAAGGAUUUAGACGUUCAAUUUAAUAAAUACGUAGCAUAAUUUACACGCGUGAGAUUACAAAAGAGUUACCACUCCUCCGGUUUCGAUGAUUUUGAAAUACGUUACAGCAAUCGAUAUUUUAAACAUCUUUUCCUCAUACAUAUAACCGGCAAUUGGUUGGCUUUAGUUUCUGAAAUAUUCAAAUUCCGGUUGUAUCAAGACCGGCGCAAGGCUGUCUGGUUCGAAAAAACUAAUUUAAAUUCAAAUCCAAUACGUUGAUGGUAUUCGUGUUUAGUUAGUUAUAACAGAAAUUUCUUACAGCUUCCGUACGCAGUUGUGCACGGGGCUUUAAGCUCGCACAACCCUCGUUUACGCAUACCAUAGACGGAAGAUAAGAGUUAGAUUUCAUUUGGAUUUGACCAAUCAAUACCGACCUACGCGCUGCCACAGACGCACAACUACGAGGGUUGUCCAAAAAGUACUACCCGUUUACAUCCAGAAGCCAUGUAAAACGAUGAAAUGCACUUACAAAAAGGCCAUCCAGCUUCAUUCGCGUAUUGGCGUGAGUCAUACAAAAUUUUUUGUUUAAAUAUUGAAUAUCGUCGUUGUAUCGGUCGUUUAAAACGACGAUGCAAACCGUAAAUGUCACCGAUGACAUUUUAUGCCUCUGGAACGCCGAAAAAAUUCUUGCAAAAGGAAUUCAGCAUCGAUUUACAGCUGUUAACGGUGACAGAACUACGGAUAUUUGAAUUAUUAUGGAUGGAUGAAUUGUUGAAUUCAAUAAGGACAGAAAAAAUGUACGCGAUACGCAAGUUCAGAAAGGUCUCGUUGCAAAUGAUAUUCAUUACAGUUUUUUGCAGAAUUUCAAGAAUCAAACUUGACCGAUAAUGUUUCGCAAAAGAGAAACGGUUUGAACGAUUGCGUAAGAGUACGGCUAAUAAUUUCCAUUAUAUCAUUUCCAAAUAAAAAUAAUAAUAAUAGUAUGCCGAACCGACUACGGAAACGUGUGACGAAGGCACAGAAAAGCUCGUAUAACGUUACGAUCAAUGUAUAAGUAAAGCUGAUGGUUGCAUCGAAAAAUAACUUGUUAUGUAUGCCAAAGUUACGGAUCAAUAAAUCUUCUUAAAAUGUA